GGCAAAGCUUUUAGACCCUCGAUCGACCAAGUGACAUUCUGAAGAGUCUCAUCAUGCUUUCCGCAAUAGGCCUCUCUCUCAUAGCAUUCUCUCUUAUAAGUUGGUACUUCCGACUUCCCCCGUCAAGACGCCCCCUGCCGCCAGGCCCGACUCUCUUCUCAGCACCAUGGCCAGAGAACGACGUCGCCAAAAUAUUCCACUCAUGGAACAAAACUUACGGGCCAGUAGUGAGUGUCAAGGUCGGGUCCCGUAUCAUCAUCAUUCUUGGUACGCGACAAGCAGCGCAAGACCUCCUAGAGAGACGGAGCAACAUCUACAGUUCCCGACCGACGUCGAUCUUCAUGGAACGGUACUUGAACAAGGGCCGCAACCCAGCAUUCAUGCCAUACGGGUCCCAAUGGCGGUUGCAUCGCCGGUUAUACUCGACCCUGUUAAAUGCAUGGGAGUCGCAUGCCUACCGCCGACUCCAGGACAUCGGAAGCACAGAGUUGCUACACGGAUUGCUGUCAGCCAACGACUUCCCACAGCUCUUUUACAGAUACACGUCAGACGUGAUGUUGAGCCUUGUAUAUGGUAAAGGGAGGAAUAGAGACGAUGCAGACCACCACCGACUGCAGCGGAUCAACGACAUGGCCACCUUCAUCCUCCAAAAGGCCUCGUUUCGGACGAUCAUACUUGAUCUCUUCCCGCUGCUAGAUAAGUUACCGAUGGUGUUUAUGAAAUGGCGUAAGCAAGCAGAGCGACUACACGAUCUGACCCGGCAAGUGUAUGUCGAGUGCGGCAACGCCGCGCUACAGGAGGAUUGCUGGAACUGGAUCCGGGAGAUACGUCACCGGCCGGAAUCCAAGGGUAUACCUUGGGAAGAUGUAUGCUACUCUUUGGGAGAACUAUAUGUUGCAGGCAUCUACACGACGAAUAUGGUCUUGGAAACAUUCAUAGAAACAUGCACUGAGCACGGAGAAGCGGUGCAGAAGGCCCAAGACGAGCUCGAUUCAGUAAUCGGAACCCAAAGGCUCCCUUCGUUCGGCGACAUGGACCGUCUUCCGUAUAUCACGGCCUUCAUUUCAGAGCUAGUGCGCUGGCGCCCAAUAUCCCCCAUCGGCGUACCCCACGCCGUGAUCCAAGAUGAUGAGUACAUGGGUUUCCGCAUCCCCCGAGACGCCACUGUCAUCGCCAACCAGUGGGGAAUCAACAUGGACGAGACGGUGUUCGAGUCACCCGAGACCUUCAAACCAGAGCGAUAUCUAGAGAAUCCUGAGCGCCAUUUAUCCGGGUUUGGAUUUGGUCGGAGAGCAUGUCCAGGGUAUCAUUUAGCCAAAGCGAGCUUCUUUAUCGUGAUUUCUCGGAUUCUCUGGGCAUAUCGCAUUGACCGAAAGGCACAGGCUGCAUAUGACCCUGUAGCAAAUCCAAUUCUGUUUACUGUCCGCAGUCCUCAACACCAAGAAGUCAUCGAGAGGGAACAGGGGGGGAUAAGUCAGCAGGACGUAAGACAGAUAUUAGAAGAUAUGCGGUCGCGAGACGCCAGGAAUUGA